UGUUCCGGUUCAAAUUUAGGGGCCGUAGAAUGUUUGCGGCUUCUGCAAAAAUCUCUUCUUUUCCCUCCCUUAUCUGUACUUACCUCCUUCGAUCUAUCAACCGAUCUCUCUUUCCUCCUCUCCCGCUCCGUAGUCUCUCCGACGGCCGCUCCAUCCGCACAAUCCGCCAUGAAAUACCUGCACCCAACUCGACUCGCUCCCUCAACCUCGCCCUCAUUUCCCUUUCCAACUCCCGCCAAUUCGACUCAGCUGUAGCCCUCUAUUUCUCUGCGCGCUGCUCGAGCAUCUCUCCCGACUUCACCACUCUCAACAUUAUCAUCAACUGUUGCUCGGAGACAGGCCGCUCGAAUCUCGCACUUCAGCUGUUUGACGAUAUUACUCAACGAGGAUACACUGCCAACGUUGUCACAUUCACGACUUUGAUCAAAGCCCUCUGCAGAGAAGGUAAGAUCUCUAAAGCUUUCGAAAUAUUGGAGCAGAUGAAGGCGAAUGGACCGAGCCCCAACAGCUUUACAUAUGGAGUGCUUAUCGGCUCUGUGUGUGGCCGCUUGGAUUACGAGAAAGCUCUUGUUUUGAUUCGUGAAAUGUUGGGAUUUGGAUUGGAGCCAAGCGAGUUUAGUUAUAACCUUGUUCUGAGUGGUUUGUGCAAGAAAGGUAUGAUCUUGGCUGCUGAAAUGCUUUAUGGGAGGAUGAUUAGAGUGGGAAUUAAGGGGAAUUUAGUUUCUUAUACCAGCUUUAUUGAUGGUUUUUGUAGAGAGAGGAAGCUGGUCGAAGCUAAGAAGAUGUUCUCUGAGAUGCAAAAGAAUGGUGUUCACCUGGAUAUUUUGACAUAUAACUCUUUAAUUCAUGGUUACUGUGAUAAUGGGCAGUUAGAAGAUGGUAUGGAAAUGUUAACAUACAUGGCUUCCUCUGGUCUUCGCCCCAAUGUUAACACAUUCACUAUAAUAAUUAACGGACUUUGCAAAAAGGGUAGAAUGGAUGAGGCUCUCAGAGUUUUAGAUUUAAUGAUUCAAGAAGAUGUAAAUCCUGAUAAGUUCAUUUAUAGUAUUUUGGUUGAUAGUUUAUGUAAAGAAGGGAGAUUGGAGGAUGCUCUUCAGCUUAUUCAUCGGACUGAGGAGAGUGGGUUAGAAAAUGAUGUUGUUGCUUACAAUUGUUUAAUUGAUGGGUAUUGUAAAAUGGGGGAUAUGGAGGGCGCCAAAAGAAUUUUUGAUGGAAUCAUGAAGAAAGGGCUUCAGCCUAGUGUUAUUACAUAUAAUGCAUUUAUGGAUGGAUUCUGCAAAAUUGGGAAAAGUGAGGUUGCAGAAGCAUUGUUAUUGGAUAUGGAGAAGAGUGGGAUUUCGCCAGAUGUGAUUACUUAUACUACAUUGAUUUGCGGACUUUGCAAAGAAGGAAAUUUUGAUAAAGCUGCUUCUUUUGUGGAUGAAAUGGUUUCCAAGGGACAAAUUCCUGAUGCUGUCACCUACAAAAUUGUUUUGGAUGGGAUUGCUAGAAAAUGCACGAUUGAUUGCGCUGAAAACUUUGAGCAUUUUUCAAGCGAACUGAGAAAGAAAGCAAAAUCAUGACAUUAAACAUGUAAUGGCCAUUGAAGCAUUGCAUAAGGGCGGGGGUUCCCUUAAACACUGAACUUUUUGGCUAAAGUUGCAAUUGCGUGGAAGAGGAUACAUAAUUCAGAGUUGUUUUAAAUUUUUUUUGCAGAAUUGGCCCCAAGCUUGUGUCAAAUACAUUGAGUUCAGAAAUAACUAAACAGUUUAAAAGCUGCUGAACUUCCUUCUUUUACAAGUACUGCUGAUCAUUCAGAUGUAGGAGAAAGAACCUUCAAAGCUUUAGACAUACAAAAAACUGGUCCUGAUUGAACUGCUAGCUUCAAGCAAAGGUGAGCUUCACGUGGGCACCCGCUUCUCACGCUUUGAAGAACCGAAACAAAGCGGUCGGUCAGGUUCGCAGUUUAGCUAGAGAGAAUAAAGGAAACUAUUAGAAAUGUUUGAAAUUUUAAUUUGUAGCUUCAACCUCUAUGUUAUCUUCAACUAAGCUCUCUUAUCAGGCAUUGGCGAUUCCAGACAUCCAAGCUUCAAGUUACUUCAAUCAUAUUAUCCUUAAUGUAUAUUUUAUGUUAUUCUGAACAUUUGAAUGUUUUUUUAUCAAAGAAAUAGAAAAAAAAGAAAA